GCAACCCUGCGCCUUGGACUGCUAAGAUGAUCAUACUUUGCUUAACGAUAUUUGCGAACAUUUUCAAGACUGGAUGGACUGGCACAAACGAGCGCACGUUCAUCGCAGUGAAGCCAGACGGAGUUCAGCGCAGACUGGUGGGUGAAAUCAUCCUCCGCUUUGAACGCAAGGGUUUCAAACUGGUCGGCAUGAAGCUCCUGCAGGCAUCAGAGGAGCAGCUCAGACAGCACUACAGGGACCUGAGGGAGAAGCCAUUCUACGGUGGCUUGAUCAAAUACAUGAGCUCUGGACCCAUUGUUGCAAUGGUAUGGCAAGGGCUGGAUGUGGUAAAGGCUGCCAGAAAGAUGCUUGGAGAGACAAAUCCAGCAGACUCUCUCCCUGGCACUAUCAGAGGAGACUAUUGCAUUGAAGUGAGCAGGAAUGUGAUUCACGGCAGUGAUUCAGUUGAAAGUGCUCAGAGAGAGAUCUCACUGUGGUUCAAUCAUCAUGAGUUGUUCUGCUGGGAAGAAUGCAAUGAGCACUGGAUCUAUGCUUGAAACCCACAUGUAACACUCACACACUCAUCGUAACAUAGCUUCUGCAGCUUCAUCUGCUCCUCUCAAGAGAAAACUCUGCUCAUGCCAUUAAGUGACC